GCGUCAAGAGACGUUUAUUUUUUUUCUGACGCAGUUACUCGAUGCAGAACAUGAAGAAACGAUUUCCCUGGUGGUCCCUUACUAUGUGUGCGUGCUUGUGCGGGGAGCGCGGCAGUGAGACAGACAGGUUGGGAGAGGUCCCGCCCUCCGGCCGGUAUGUUGUCCAACAGGUUUUGGGACGGGAGUUCGCUUUGGGAAGCCAACGCUUUGUGUGCGACAUUUACGUGUCUUGAGGUUUCCAAACAAAAACUCCCGAAAGACAUCCGGCCUGCGCUGGGAAAUCCCAUGUUUUUCUGAAGAGUGGAGGAACACGCUACCGGGACAUCUUUGGAGGAGCUGACCUGCAGCCCGGGUCCAUGUCGUUUGUUGGCCUCCACGGCAGCCGCAAUGAUGUGGAUUCCCGUCCUGGUCUUUCUGCAGCUGGCUUACUGCUCUCUCACCUACCGACACACAUCGGGGAGUUCCCCGUUAGUGGAUGAGCAGUCAGCCAAUGCCUUCCUGUCUCGCGCGCUGCUUUAUAACAGCUGGGACCUGGAACUGGUGGUGCCGGACAACCUUGAAAGGGAAUGUCGGGAAGAGAUUUGCACUUACGAAGAGGCCAGGGAAGUGUUUGAGGAUGACACUCAGACGGAAGUAUUUUGGAACGAGUACGUCGAAAGCCACGCCUACGCGCCCAGAGUGGACGUGUCGGGCCUGGUGGCAGGGAUCCUGGCAAUCCUCGUGUGCGCUGUGAUCGCCACCGUGCUGGGCCUCUACUUCUACAAGGCCAAGAACAAGGCGGGAAGGAGACCCGUGCAAAUGGCGCAAGAUGGGCGUCCGGCCCCUGAGAUGGUUCCCCUGGCAACCGCCCCGGGUCUACCGAGUUACAGCGAGGCUCUCAACCGCAGCGGGAUGCACGAUGCCCCGCCGCCACCUUACUCGGGGGGGGCGCCAUCUGAGCCUGCAGACCCGCGAGACAACGAGUGAGCUCUGAGCCAGCCAGCCAGAGCUGCUUCCAAGUGGUCGACGCUGCUGGCGCUUGACGACGGUUUGAGUCAAGUUGAAAUAUUGCAUGUCGUACAACGUAUUUAUGGACGGGCUUGAGAGCCAAACUCAAGAACGGACACUUUUGACAAUAUGACGUACAUUGUACAGAUGCGAGGCUCUUAAUGCGGUCCAGGUGAGAGUGAGGCUGACCCCCCCCCCCACACCCACUCACCCCCACCCACCAAUGACUGCUCUGUUCUAUAUCCAGUUUGUGUGUGAUGUGCUUGAGUCACAAUAAAUCCAUUAAGUU